AUGACCACAGCCGUCAACAGAGCCAGGACACAGCUCGACUUGGUGGAAAUGGAGCCCUAGGGAUUUAACGACAAAGGAACAAUGGAACUGGUGGAGGUCAAAGUGAAUGCACAAUCUGAAUAUCUAAAUGCCAUCAUCAGUGACGCAAGCCCUCUGAUUCAUGACAGGGAUCCCAAAAGAGUCAACAAGAAUCUCAAGGUCACAUUUGAGGAUGUGAUUGCAGAGCCUCCCUCGGUGCGGAGCUUUGAUAACGUGUGGUUGUGGAGUCAUGCCGUGUUUGAGGUGUCCAGAAUGUGGAUCUACCACUUCAUCUCCUUCCUUCUGGCAGUGCCAGUCUCAGUGGCAGCAGGGAUCCUCUUUGCUGUGCUCAGCUGCCUUCACAUCUGGUUAAUCAUGCCCUCUGUACAGCUCCUUCUCAUCAACAUGCACUGGGUUCAAACUGUGUGGGGCAGCAUACUGAACAUCCUCAUCAGCCUCUUAUUUAUUAGUGUUGGAAAGAGCUGUGGUCGAAUCACUGUCCAUCUGGCUAAAGAUGAAGACAAAUAG